UUGAGCUAUGAAAUGAAGAUCCUAGUAACUACAGCCCUACUUCUGAUCUUGUACCAGCCUUACUCUUCUGCAGAAGACAUUGUUUUCUCCUCUCAAACCGACGUUUUCCAGUCAGGGGUGCAGUUUAUAGGUCAUUACGUUGGCUCAUCAACUGAAGACAUACAGUGGUCUAGCCCGGACUACUGUACACAGACUACUGUUACUAAUGCUAUAGAGACGUUUGUGUGUUCUAACAGUGGAGAGGUUCUUAUCGAACUGACACAGGGGGCUGAAACUCUUAACUUCAAGGUGAUAGUUGAGCGGAACUCUAUUUGUUACACAUGGGGAGUAGAGUUCAGUGAUAAAACUGUGUCUCUCUGGGUUAACAGCAAUACCGAGCAGUCAGAUCCUGGCCUUUCAUUGGAGUUCUACGCUUUAGGAGAGUCUCCUAAAGUAACGCUGAGCUGUGACAAAACCCUUCAAGAACUACAGCGAGGACAGUUUGACUUGGAGACCAAUAAAUGGGUGCUGAGUCUGGGUGAUGGUACUGAUUCCUGCACUCACAUGACUGUUACCGGGAUACCUGUGGUGCUGAAUGGCUGUAUCGUGGCUGACUUGGUGUCCCCUAUCUUCAGGAAAAGCUUGCCAGAACAAGAAGACAGUAAAGCAGCUGAAAGUAACACCUUCAAACAAUGUGUUGACUAUUGUGGCAGUGGAGUGGGUGUCUUUCUCAACAAUUCUAUUGUUCUUAUAUCCGCUAAUAGGAUGGAAACUACUGAUAUUCUUUACCUUGAUCAUAUAGUUAUUGACUGUGGCGUUAUGAUGGGUGGAACCAUACUGCUGCUUGUCGAAAAUGGGAAGGAGUUACUCGUUUUAGAAGAUUUCAGCUUGUCUAAAACUAUCGGACUUGAAUUCAAAGCAGAGCACAUUACUGUGAACACGAAAUGCAUGAGUUCAUUGGAGUCAAAUCAUAACUCCAGUUUAGUAGUGCUUUGGAACAGCGCUAACAUGUCAAUUCUAUACGAGACGAAUAUUGUGAAAACUAUCUCAAGUUUACCAGAGUCGAUGACUGACAUCAGUGCUGUUACAGUAUCUUAUUUCGGAAUUGAGUUAAUCGCCAAGGAUCAAAGUGAUUGCAUGUGGUUCACAUAUAACUACGAGACUGAAUCUUUAGCCUCUGGUACAAAGCUAUCAGUCGACUGCAGUAGUGGGUGUGAAUUGUACCAAGUUUGCCCCCACACAAGCUGGCUAGAAGCUGACAGUAAGCUGUACUUCGUCACAGCUCAAGGGAAAUCAGUUUCACCAGUUCGAUCUUAUGUGUCCGGAGAAAUUCUGGAAACAAGUGUCCUUUCCAUGGCUAUCAGUGCUAAAGAUGAGUUCGCAAUACUCUCUAAUGAUGGAGCACUCUACUUGGGUUACUGUUCAAGAUCGAGUGUUAUCAAAAUUGCUGAAGGUUUUUCUUCUGCCCAAAGUCUAAUGUUCGACAGCAUUUCGCAACUUUAUUUCCUUGACGAUCUCGGUAGCUUAACUGCUGUCCCUGCUCGAAUUCUUUUAGAAGAAGCCUUGGAUUCCGACACUUGCUCCUUGAAGAAUUUCGAAAGUUCGCUAUCAAGCUCACUACUUUAUCUGGAUAAAGGAGAAAAGAAGAGUUACAACAUCUCCCUGACUACCACUAAUUAUCAGAAACCUGGUCUGCUCUAUCAGCUUUAUCCUCAAGGACAUGCUUUGGCCAAUAUCACGUCGGUAUUUUCCGCGUCAAGUUUGGCGUUAGGAGCAAACCAGUUCACGAAGAGCAUACAUGUUGCAGGUCUAGAGAAAAAAGGGCUAAGUGUGAUAAUUGCGAGCCCAGAAGCUGCAGAUCCUCAAUGUUCUGCUAAACACACGGAUGUGACCUAUGUUGUGGUUGAUUGUCCGAAGACCAGGCACUUGGAGAUUCUGGACAAACCUGCCCAAUGCGAUCAGUACAAAAACAUGAGCAUGAACUAUACCAUAUUUCGUACUGCUGGGAAGCCUAUAAAUGUCGAGUACGACUUGGAAGAACUUGGAUGUCCUAUCAUAACAAAAUACGACGAAGAUUAUUUGCCCGAUGUUUGGAUCUAUGAUAACGGGAUACCAACCAGACAGCUUUGUUCCGAUUUCACAGUCCGCGAAUUAAACGGACGGAACGACUUCAACUUUACCUUCUCUGUAAACGAUGCUGGAUGUAGGAAACCUCCGCAGACCUGGUUUAAUGUGGGUGAAAAUUGGGGGCCUGACAACUACGAGAACUGCUUCGAAUCUGAGACGAAGGAUACCUUCACAAAAAACGAGGGUAAAAGGCAGUACGAAGUACUCAAUGCAUCGUGUUCAAACAUCGAAGGAAAAAAGAAUAAGAUCAAAUUGGGGAAACACAAAGCAAACUACACAUUCGAAGUGGUAGUCCUCGAUCCCUCAGUUUCCUACUGCAAGCUCACUACUAAAUUCUCGGUCUGGAUAGUCGAUGCCCCAAACGCGUCCGAUCUUGGAAUCAUCGUACUGUUCAUCGCUUGUCUGGUCAUGAUUAUCAUCCUCGCUCUGUCUUAUUUCCACUACAAGAAAACCAUCCUAACCAAGGCUAACAUGGUGCUACAAUCUUAAGCAGUGUUGAAGAUGCGACAAAAGCCAAGUAGAUACAAUGCCGACCGUUGUUAUGGCUAUUAGGUGGCUUUAGAGGGCUGUCGUAACAGCCUGCUAAUAGCCCUCUUACAGCCAGUCGGCAUUGUACCUACUUGCGGUGUUAGAGAUACUUCAAGGAUUUAUUUCGCUUGAAUAAUCUGUUUUGCUUUUAUUCAAAUAGAAACAUCUAGAAUGUUUUUGAGCUGAAUGUUGAUUGUUGAAGCCCUUCUUACGAAAGUUUUACCGUUUAUGUUUUGGCCUGUUUAUAUGUACACCAUGCCUCAAAAAAUUUAUCAACACCUGAUGGAAUCCGUUUAUAAAUUGUUAAAGUAUGUCAAUAUAGAGGUAUUAAAAUGUCUGUUCAUGUAAUGGGUAAUUGUCGAAACCAUGGGGUUUUGGUCGGCAUACUUAUAAA